UUGACAAUUGGAGUCGAAUCGAGUUAUUGAUGUUGAUUUCAGAGAAGUAAAUAAGGAAUAUUAUCAUUAUAACUAGAUUGCCUUAAUUUAUAUUUACCGUAUCUUUAAUUAAAUCUUGUUGUUGUUUAAAAUAUAUAUCUAUCCUUGUACCAUGGAAAGCGAUGAACUUGGUGGUGAUUUGGUUAGAUUGGACAAUGGCUUUCUAGUCGAUGAAGAGACUUAUGUUGUGAACUCCGACGAUGUUUUGGAACAAGAAGAAAACAACUCCGAUUCUAACAGUGGUGGGAAAAAUGUACCUCUUCGUGAGCAGGAUCGAUUUUUACCUAUUGCUAAUAUAGCGAAAAUUAUGAAAAGAGCUAUCCCAGAAAAUGGAAAGAUUGCUAAAGAUGCUAGAGAAUGUGUACAAGAAUGCAUUUCAGAAUUUAUAUCAUUCAUAACGAGUGAAGCAAGCGAUCGUUGUCAGAUGGAGAAAAGGAAAACAAUCAACGGAGAAGAUGUUUUAUUUGCAAUGAAUGCUUUGGGAUUUGAUAAUUAUGUGGAACCGCUUAAGUUAUAUCUCAAAAAGUACAGAGAAAUUGUUCUGUCCCCUGUAACAAUCAGCAAGUUAAAUAAAACAAUAGUCUUAUAUGGAAGUGAUGGCACACAAUGUGUCUCGAGUGAAAACGAGAAUGAAACACAGACAGAAACAGUUAUAUACAGCUAUCCUAAAGUUAUCGGAGACUUUACAAUUACUUAAAGUUAAUAUGGAACAAUAAAGUGAUGUUAACAUUAAUUCAUAUUUAAGCAACCAAUAAAGGUUUAGAUAGAAACUAUUAAA